CGAAACACGAGGCAAUGCGGCCCAGCUGUGGCCGCCACCCGCUGCCGCCGCCGCUGCUCCUGCUGCUCCUCCACGCCUUGACGCCACCGCCGGCAGCCGCCCCGGUGGGCGUGAACUGGGGAUUCUCUUCCUCCCACCCGUUCCCGGCGGCGCAGGUCGUGCGCGGCCUCCUCCUCCCCAACUCCGUCCCCCGCGUCCGCCUCGCCGCCGCCUCCCCCGACGCGCUCGCGGCGCUCUCGGGCACCGGGGUCGCGGUCACCGUCGGGGUCCCGAACGAGCUCCUCCGCCCCCUCGCCACCUCCAGGAAGGCCGCCGCCGCCUGGGUCCAUGACAAUGUCAACCGCUACGCCUCCGGCGUACGGUUCGAGUAUGUUGCUGUUGGAGAUGAGUCAUUUCUUCUCAACUAUGGGCAACAGAAUCAAUCUUUUCUGGUCACUGCAGCAGCAAAUAUUCAACGAGCAUUGGUUGAUGCAAAGUUAUCCAGUAAAAUGAAAGUAGUGGUACCUUGUAGCUCUGAUUUAUACCAGAACACAUCUACUCUGCCUUCUAAAGCUUACUUCAGGCCAGAAGUGAAUGAGACCAUAGCUGAACUUCUCUCUUUUCUUGCUAAUCAUAGCUCACCAUUUAUGGUUGAGUUGAAUCCGUUUCUGAGCUUUCAACAUAAGAAGAACCUGUCAUUGGAUUAUUAUCUUUUCCAACUAAUGUCACAUCCAGUAAGUGAUGGUCAUAUCAAGUAUGACAAUUACUUCGAUGCCAGCAUAGAUGCUCUGAUUACUGCUCUAACUAAAGCUGGAUUCAGUAACAUGGACAUCAUUGUUGGGGGAGUAGGAUGGCCAUCAGAUGGAGCUGUUAAUGCUACACCUGUUAUUGCCCAAUCCUUCAUGACUGGCCUGGUCAACCAUCUAGCAAGAAAAUCUGGAACUCCACUUCGUCCAAAAGUGCUUCCAAAUGAGACAUAUCUCUUCAGCCUUUUAGAUGAAGAUCAGCGAAGUAUUGCAAGUGGAAGCUAUGAAAGACACUAUGGCAUUUUUACAUUUGAUGGUCAGGCGAAGUAUCAUGUCAACUUGGGGCAAGGUUCUAAAGCUCUGGAGAAUGCCCCUGAUGUGCAAUAUCUUCCAUCAAAAUGGUGUGUGUUGGAUAAUAACAAGGACAUAUCUAAUGUCUCUUCCAGUUUCUCUGCAGCUUGCUUCAAUGCUGACUGCACUGCUCUGUCGCCUGGUGGCUCCUGCUCAGGCAUUGGAUGGCCUGGUAAUGUGUCCUAUGCAUUCAACAGCUACUACCAGCAACAUGAUCAGAGUGAGGAAGGCUGCAACUUCAAUGGUUUAGGUUUGAUAACCACUGUUGAUCCAUCCGUUGAUAAUUGUCUAUUUACUCUUGCAAUUGACACAUCUACCGCUUCUUCUUUUCAUCCAAUAUUGGCUAUCUUGCAGAUAUUAAUUUUGUACUUCUAUACUUACAAUGUAUUGUGAUAUGGCUAUGUAUGAAUGUAUCUUCACUCCUGAUGUCUUGGAUCCAAA